AUGGCGCCGCGCGGCCGUGGAGGAAAGUUCUCUAAACCGAGCCGAGGAGGUGGAAAACACUUCAGCCGCGACAUUCAAACCGUGGACAAAGAAGGAAACCCCGUUAGCAUGUGGCGGGAGCCCGCUGAUGACCCCGAAACUUCCGAAGAAGAAGAAGAAGAAGCCUCAACAGAAGAUUCCGACUCCGAGUCCGAGAACGAAGCCGACCCAAGCACCACAACACCCAACUUUCCCCGCGACGCCCCAGCCCAGGGCAAACCGGAGCUAAGUCGCGAAGAACGCCGCGCAGCCGCAAAGGCUAAGAAAGCCGCUGUCGCCGCGCGCAAGGCGCAAGGUCCCGCACAACCAGGGGAUAUUCCACCCAGCGACUCCGAGUCCGAAGCACCCGUGACAAAUGGCGAUAAGAACCAAGGUAAAGCCAGUGCCGCCGCAGUAGGCUCAGAGGACUCAGACCUUGAUCUUCCCUCCAAUCCAAAUUACGCAAAACCGAAGAAGACGCAUGAUGGUGAAGAAGGGGAAGCGCAGCUGUCACGUCGGGAACGGGAGGCUCUUGAGGCACAACAGGCACGUGAGCGGUAUAUGAAGCUUCAUGCGGAGGGGAAGACAGAUGAGGCGCGGGCGGAUCUGGCGCGGUUAGCGAUUGUGAAGGAGAGGCGGGAGCAGGAGAGGCUGCGGAAGGAGGCUGAGAAGGAGGAGAAGGCAGAGCUUGCCAAGCAGAGGGCCGAAGAGAGGGAGAAAAGACUCGCCAAGGGGGGAAAGAAGAAGGGGGCGAAGAAAUAG